CAAUUUAGGGAAGCUAAAAGCUGGGUUUCACUCGCCAAACAUAAAGCUUUAAUAAAUGUCAUAUGCACAAAAUCCAAAUAACAGUCCAAAGGUUUGUCGCGUCGAAUUAUCAUUUUAAUUUUUAUAACAUGGACUCUAAUUUUAAUGAGUUCUGUGAUAUUGGCUCAGAUAAUGAUUCAACAUCUGAACAUGAAGACGAAUCUGAACAGUUUCAGUAUGUUGUUUUAUCAACUGAGCAAAUAAUGCAACAUAUGAUUGAAUGUAUACUAGAAGUUAACACUGUCUUCCAGAUUCCUCCUACGAUCACCAGAAUUUUAUUAAACCACUUUGAAUGGGACAAACAAAAACUCUUUGAAAGGUAUUAUGAUGGCGAUCAAGAGACUUUAUUUAAAGAAGCUCAUGUAAUUGAUCCCUUUAAAGAACCAUUAGAUUCAUCUAAGGAUUCCCGAUUAAAACUGCAAACAUUAGAAUGUGAAAUAUGUAUGAUGAAUAUGGCUUCCACUAUGAUGACUGGCAUAGCUUGUGGUCAUCGGUUUUGCACAGAAUGUUGGAGUGAAUACCUUACAAACCAGAUUAUGGAUCAAGGAAUAAGUCAAAUAAUUAGUUGUCCUGCUCAUGGUUGUGAUAUUCUUGUUGAUGAUCAAACUGUUAUGAAUUUAAUUACUAAUCCUAUAGUGAAAUUGAAAUAUCAGCAUCUUAUCACUAACAGUUUUGUUGAGUGUAAUAAACUGUUAAGAUGGUGCCCACAGCCAGGUUGUAACUUUGCUAUUGCCGUGCAACAUGUGGAUGUUCAGCCUGUGACUUGUGAAUGUCUGCACACUUUUUGUUUUGCUUGUGGAGAACGUUGGCAUGAUCCCGUUAGUUGUAAUUUAUUGCAAAGAUGGAAGACAGAGCGUGACAAAGAUGUAGCAUCACUCACUUGGAUUAAUAGGAAUACAAAGGAAUGUCCAAAAUGUAAUGCAUCUAUUCAAAAAAAUGGCGGCUGCAACUAUGUUAUUUGCAACAAUAAGAACUGCCAACAUCGUUUCUGUUGGCUUUGCCUUAAAUAUUGGAAAGUUGAAUUGUCUUGGCACUCAUGUAAUCGCUAUGAUAAGCAAAAGAACAAAAUAGGUAAUACCGCUAAAAAAAAGUCUAAUGUUGCUCUUCAAAGAUGUCAGUUCUACUAUAAACGUUAUCUUAACCAUGAGCAAAGCUUAAAAUUUGAACACUUGCUUUAUGCCUGGGCUAAAGUUAAAAUGGAGGAAAUGAUGCGACAGCAGUUGUCUUGGAUAGAGGUAAAGUUUCUUAAAACAGCUGUAGAUGUAUUGUGCAUGUGUCGUCAAACGCUCAUGUUCACUUAUGUCUUUGCACAUUUCUCCAAUAAAAGUAAUCAAUUUGCUAUAUUUGAACACAACCAAAGAGAUUUGGAGAGAGCAACAGAGUUGUUGUCUAAUAAAAGAGAUGUAACAAAAGAAAAUGUCUUAGACAUUGUGCAAAAAGUUCGAGACAAAUACAAAUACUGUGAAAGGCGACGUAAAGUGUUGUUGGAUCAUGUUCGUGAAGGAUAUCAAGAAGGAUGGUGGGAAUGUAUUGCUCCACCCUCAGAACAUCCUGAGCCUUCAACUCUGAGAAAAUUUUUGAAUACGUUUAAUUUGGGAAAUUAUUUAAUUUGGCUUUGGGAUUACCUGUAACAGAAAUUGCCAAACUUAAUCAGAAAUUAAAUAUUUUUUAUAGCCCAACCUUGAACACUGCCUGCUGAAAAUUAUUUGUCCGUGUAUGUAACUGUAAAAACUGUCCAAAUAAAUUAUGUUUAGCUAAAAAUCUACUCCUAUGAUAAAAAAAGGUAAAACUGUUUGUAGUGUGAUUAAAUUUAUUAUUCAACAUUGCCUGUAACAGUAAAUACAGUAGGGAAUCGAUUAUCCGGAACGAUCGGGACCCUCUCUAUUCCGUAUAACUGAUUUUUCCAGUUUUCUGAAUCGCUACAAAAAGUCGCUUUUUUUAUUGUUAAACCCAACUAAAAAAAAAUUUGGAAAUAAUCUUAAGAAGAAGAAUAAACGAUGAAGUAAUACACUAAUGAUUAUUUCCAAAAUGAUGGUAAGGUAAAUAUCUUUCAAAAAAGAAAGAAAAAUCCUAAAAUCUUAUGAGGAAAAAAAAAAUUUUAAAAAUGGCCGGAAAAUUUAUCGAAUUUUGAUCCGGUUUUUUGGUUUUCCGGUUUUUUGAUUUCCGGAUAACGGGUUCUGUGCUGUACUUCUAAGUGCAUGUGUGUUUCUAUGUGAAAACUACCUCGUGUUAUUUGUGAAAAAGUCUUUCACCAAUGCAUAAAAAAAUUACAUUAUUAUCAUCAACACUGUCAUUUACCUUUCUGCAUUCUGUAUUUAAAGGGGAAAAUUUUUUUCCU